GAAUGAGACGACCAGCGGCUGAGCGAGGGAUAACAGGGGCAACGGUCCGUUAGGAUACACCUUUUUAUCAGGAAGGACUGAGUCCAGUUAAAUGUGAUUCUCUGAACGGAGUUGACAGCGAAGUGCCAUAAGACUAUGGGUGGAGGAGGACAUCAGACUGACCAGCUGUCGGCAGGAGACCGUGGGCCGUACGCGGUGUACACCUGGGAAGAGGUGCAGAAACACAGCCGCCGUGGCGACCAGUGGGUGGUCGUGGAAAGAAAGGUGUACAACGUUAGCGAGUGGGUUAAGAGACAUCCUGGAGGCCGCAGAGUAAUCGGCCAUUACGCUGGAGAGGAUGCUACGGAAGCAUUUACGGCAUUUCAUCCUGAUCAGCGAUUGGUGCGGAAGUUUCUGAAACCUCUACUGGUUGGAGAGUUGGCUCCUUCAGAGUCCAGUGAGGAUCACAAGAAAAACGCUGCUAUAGUGGAAGAUUUCCGGGCCUUGAAGGAGCAGCUGGAGGCAAAGGGCUUGUUCCGCACUAACCCCCUGUUCUUCGUCCUACACCUGGGUCACGUUUUGCUCUUGGAGGCCCUGUCUUUAGCACUGCUGUGGAACUGGGGCAGUGGCUGGAUUAACACAAUUCUAUGUAUUUUAUUGCUGGCCACUGCACAGUCUCAGGCAGGCUGGCUGCAGCAUGACUUUGGCCACCUGUCAGUCUUCAAAAGCUCCCGUUGGGAUCACCUAGUACACAAAUUCGUCAUUGGACAUCUAAAGGGGGCCUCUGCAAACUGGUGGAAUCAUCGUCACUUUCAACAUCAUGCUAAGCCCAAUGUGAUUAGUAAGGACCCUGAUGUCAAUAUGCUGAAAUUACUGGUGCUGGGGAAUGUAGAGCCCGUGGAGUAUGGGAUAAAAAAAUUGAAGCACAUGCCCUACAAUCAUCAGCACAAGUACUUCUUCCUGAUUGGUCCUCCUCUGCUCAUACCAGUGUACUUCAACAUACACAUUUUGCAGACUAUGUACAUUCAACGGGACUGGGUGGACUUUGCAUGGUACCUGACCUACUAUGCACGCUACUUCUCAUGUUAUGUUCCCUACUAUGGAUUCCUGGGAUCAAUAGUGCUUCUCACCAUUGUGAGAUUUUUAGAGAGCCAUUGGUUUGUAUGGGUGACCCAAAUGAACCACAUCCCCAUGGAGAUUGACCAUGAGCAACACGAUGAGUGGCUCACCAUGCAGUUGAAAGCCACCUGUAAUGUUGAGCAGUCAUUCUUUAAUGACUGGUUCAGUGGCCACCUUAACUUCCAAAUCGAGCACCACCUAUUCCCCACAAUGCCUCGUCAUAACUAUGUCCAUGCAGCCCCUAUGGUGCGAGAGCUCUGUGAGAAGCAUGGCGUGCAAUACCAAGUCAAAGGCCUAUGGGAGGCCUGGUGUGACAUCGUCAGGUCUUUGAGGACAUCAGGCAAGCUGUGGCUAGACGCCUACCUUCACAAAUAACCAUCAGCACACCUCUGACUCAGUGAAUGUGCACAACAACUUCUAUUGUCUUUACUAUCCCACAACCCAAAAUCCCCUUUUCGGGUUAUUUGACCCAACAGUCUUGUUUUGUGACAGUUAGGAAUGACCACUGGAAAUGAGUACUGGAUUCACUUCAAAUGUCCAUGUCCCCAUGGUCCAUUGUCAAAUUGUCCCAGUGUCAUGUAUACUGGAAUUGUAGUAUGAAUUAUAGUGCUUGGUUUGGACCACAUCAGGUAGACAUGAAUGCUUUUUAAAUGCUGGACUUCAAGACUUUCCAACUUUACAGUGCUGUAAUAUUAUUAUAACUUUUUCAUAGUUUUUCAAUACUACUUUUCAAACUUUGUGUUAAACAGUUUUCCUUGAUCGUAUAUAUGAAUCAAGAGUGUCAGAGUACAAUUAGUUGUGGUAGCAUUUGGUGUCUUAAUAUUGGGUUUUGGUAGAUUAAUAAUUAAAUUUUAAGACAUUUCAGUUUUCUCUA